AUGGGUCCAGUGCUUUAUUUGUGUCGGAUAGAGAAGUUUUCGGCUGCACACCGCUUAAAUUCCUCGCAUUUGACUGAAGAAGAAAACAGACAAACUUAUGGAAAAUGUAACGGAAUAAACUUUCACGGGCAUAAUUAUACUGUCGAAGUAAUUGUAAGAGGUGAGAAAGAUCCAAAGACAGGCAUGGUUCUAAACUUGACCGAUUUAAAACGUUACAUGGAAGUUGCAAUAAUGAAUGUACUGGAUCAUAAGAAUUUGGAUCUCGAUGUGCCGUAUUUUGCAGAGAGCAAACUGCCGAGUACAACAGAGAAUUUAGCCGUUUUCAUAUGGGUGAAUCUUUUGAGGACAUUUCCAAGAGAUCGCAGUUAUGAUUUGUUCGAGAUUAAACUACACGAGACCGAUAAUAACUAUGUUGUAUUCCGCGGUGAAGGAUUAUAA